AUGUUUUUAUUAAUUAUAUGGGGAGGUCGACCACUGCCUCCAGUUCGAAAGCCGUUAACGGUAAAGACAGCUCUUAAGGCAUUUGGUCUGUUUUGCACACUGACAGGUGGUGGUCUUUUGGGUUAUAAAUUAUUCAUCUCUAUACCUUCAUACAAUGGACCAACAAGGGAUAUGCAAAAUAAGACCGUACUCAUAACUCAACCAUGUGCGAAAAUGUCACGAGAGCUUCUACAUGAUUUAGCGAAGCGCGGUGCACAUCUUAUUCUAGCGCAUAAUCAAGUCGAUCAAUGCGAAGAAAUAAGAGAACGCCUAAUACGUAAAUACAGUGUCAAGUCAGAUUCAAUUGAAUGUCGACGUCUUGAAAUUGACAGUUUGAGAUCUGUUCGUCGGUUGGCCGCUAGUGUUCUGGCUGAUUUCCAAAGUUUGGAUUGUGCGAUUUUACAGUCUCCAUCAUGUGUUACAAGUAUUAUUGCUGGUAAAAGACGAUUCACACAUGAUGGAUUUGAGUAUGAAUUAGGUGCUAAUUAUUUCGCGACCUAUUUAUUAAGUCGACUUUUAAUCGAUAGACUGAAUGCAAGCGAUGGUCGUCUUAUUUUUGUGAUUGAUACACAAGCUGCUGACAUCGCUCAAGAAUCAGCUGUAUGCAUACCCGGUACAUCUGAGGUUACCAUUCCUCUGGAAAAUUUAAAUUGGGAAAAUGAUGAAGCCUAUACACCGAAAAAUAGUUUUCAACGGUCACAGUGGUUCUUGUCAAUGUUUGCAGAUGAGCUUGCACGCCGUAAUUCAACGAAGGGUCCACCCUCAAUUUUAGUCUCAAAUCCUCGUAUUUCUCGUAAUGCACCUCCGGCAAUGGAUACGAAUGCUGGACCUUUUCGGAGGGUUUUUUACAAGAUAGGUGAUUUUUCGCGGGUCUGUCCCUCUGUAGUUGAUCUGACGGGCGAGGGAAGUCAAAAGGAUGGCUUAAAUGUUGUCCGUGCUCCAGUGUAUCAAGAUUUAAGACUGGUAAUACCUUCGAAGCAGAACGAUGCAACUGUUGAGAAAAGACGUAAUGCCUCUCAGAUUUUAUGGGAUGUGACAGAAAAAUGGACUCGUUUAGAUACUCACCCAACUGCUCUGCCACUCCCUAAGAAGAAUGUUAAGGAAGUAACUAAAAUACAUACUAUUCAGUCUGCUUCAGCGGUUCAUGUAUAA